AAACACACUGACAAAUACAUAACCAUUAUUCCGGCUCAUGACCCUGUUCUUUUUGUCUGAAAUUCUCUGAGCAGCUGAGAUGAAGACUAUUCUGGGAACCCAGGUGAUUACCAUUCCCGAGGGAGUGACCUGCAACGUCAAGUCGCGUGUGGCCACUGUCAACGGACCCCGUGGAAAGCUCGUCAAGAACUUCAACCACUUGAAUCUUGAUAUCCGCAAGAUCGCCUCAGAUCAGAUCCGUGUCGAUGUCUGGUUUGCCGGCCGUAAAGACCUCGCCUGUGUGCGCACUGUCUGCUCUCACAUUGAGAACAUGAUCACUGGUGUAACCAAGGGAUUCAAGUACCACAUGCGUUACGUAUACGCCCAUUUCCCCAUCAACGUCAACAUCGAGAACAGCCGUGACGUCGAGAUCCGCAAUUUCUUGGGAGAGAAGGUUGUGCGAAAGAUCACAUGCGGCGAAGGAGUUACUGCCAACUUCGAGGGCAAGGAUGAAAUCUCUGUUCAGGGUAACGAUAUCGAGAUGGUGUCACAGGCCGCUGCCCAAAUCCAGCAGUCGACCACUGUCAAGAGAAAGGAUAUUCGUAAAUUCUUGGAUGGUAUUUACGUAUCUAAGAAGGUGCACAUCGAGGGUGAUGAGUAAAUUAAAUCUUAUGACUGCUUUCCGUUUGUUAUGGCUCUGGUUGAAUGUUUUCGAUUACUAUCGUAGUUAGUGGUAUGUUCAGCCUACAAGGGCUAUUACAGUUUAGUUGAAGGAAUCUGUUGUCAACCUGCAUAUACACACGGAAUCUUUGAUAUUGGUUUGCGAGUUUAUGAUUGUGCAAGUGUUCAGAUAUUUGUACAAAUUCAUCCGGCAUGUUUAUAUUUGCGAGUAUAUGGUGCAUGUGUUUAGAUAUAUGUUUAAGCUCAUCUGUCAUGUUUGUAUACGUCUGUUCACAAAUAUGUCCUUGUUGAUGAUUAUAACAGCUGUUGCCUUCCUCCGGAUUAAUUAUUCGAAAGUAAUUAUGCCGAGUAACACUGCUAUGAAACAAGAGAUGUAUUUUACUUUGCUUUAUGGUUGUUAGCUUUCAGAUGUAUUUCACUCUGCAUUAUGGUUGUUAGCUUUCCAUCCAUGGGAAAGAAGUAGUAGUCGACAUACACUACACAUUCAAGUAUUGCCGAGAGAACUGCUAGGGUUCAACUCGCUAGUGGAUGCUAGUCUCGUUUGUCAUAUCAUUAAUAAAAUAUUCAACUCUUUUAGGAAACUACUGUCUGGUUUGUAGUGAUUGUUGUUUCUCAUUGGUUUUGUGACAGGUUUAUAGUCUUUAUAUGUAGUACGUAUGUGUAUGGGCCAUGUAGUUCGUGGUUUAUGCAUUUGGAGAAAAGAUUAUUAGCAUGCGGUUGCUUUCUGACUUUUAAAAUACAAGUAUGUUUUUAGUGCCGACUAAAUUAUGUCGAGUAUGUGUGCGAUUUACCAUGUCCGCUA